AUGUUUGUGCUUUCCUGGGCGUUGCUGUUGCUAUGGAUCUACAUAACUAACCAACCUACUCAGGCGAAUAGCAAACAGACUUUCGAAGGGAAAGAAAAUGUCAACGAACCUCCCAAUUCACGUAAAAGUUAUUCAGCGGUAAUUCAGGAGUUCAGUUUAUCCUUAUAUGCAGACACUGAUCCAAACCGUUUUCAUCUUAAUGUGAACAAGUCUCACAUGACCUCUGUGACUCGAGAUGUACAGGAUACGCGGCCUUCUCAGUGUGCGGCAGUACAGUAUGAAAUUGCGUCACUUCCGGUAGCGUCCAUAGUGAUACCGCUUCAUAAUGAGCCUUGGUCUACGUUAGAGAGACUGAUCAAUAGUAUUUUGAAGCGUUCGCCUCCACAACUCUUAAAGGAAAUCAUCAUCAUUGAUGAUAUGAGUGACUUAGACCAUUUGGGAGAUCCUCUUAAUAGAUAUGCUGAACAGUUCGAUGUCUUAAAAAUACACAGAGCGUUAGAAAGACUCGGUACGAUGAAGGCAAGAGUCCUGGGGACUCAGUUGGCAAAAGGCGACGUUGUGGUUUUCUUGGACUCCCAUACCGAGGUCAACGUUGGAUGGUUGGAACCGCUAUUGCACGAAAUAAGCAAACACAAUACUGCUAUUGUCCAACCUUCAAUCGACGUCGUUGAUCCCGAUACGUUCCAAUAUCGGCAAUAUUUCAAGAAUAACCUCAGAGGACAUUUUAAAUGGAGUAUGGGAUUUGAAUAUGUUCCGUUAACCGUAAAGCAAAAGGCUGAGGUGGUAGCAGAACCAACUAAAGCAUUCAAUACUCCGGCUAUUGUAGGCUGUGCAUUUGCAGUCAACCGGAAAUACUUUCAAGACAUCGGAGGACUUGACACAGGCAUGCGCACUUGGGGCGGAGAAGAUGUUGAGCUUUCCGUGAGAGUUUGGCUUUGCGGCGGGAGUAUGAAAAUCUCGCCAUGUUCUCAUGUUGCCCACAUUCACAAAAGUGCACAUCCGUUUAAAAUGGACUAUUCAGACCUUGUGUAUAACAACAGGCGAACUGCAGAAAUGUGGCUUGGAAACUACAGGAAAUACUUCUAUUACUUUAAUGCAGGAUUUGCAAAACCGCCAGGACCCUCUGAAACGUUUAGUGAAAUGGAUGAAAUCAAGAAGAAAUUUAAAUGCAAAGACUUCGAUUGGUUGCUUAAAAACGUCUACACGGAACUUGAGAUCCCUCCAGAAGGAAGUGAAUAUUUUGGACAUCUACGCAACCUGGGUUCAGGCUUCUGUUUCGGCCCUUCAGAUUCCUCUGUGGUGGGAUCGUUCCCUAUUAUAACACAAGGCGAUUGCUUCAUUUACUACAAAGUUCGAAAUUUUGCUUUGCUGAAAAAUGGUCUCUUGAUGGUUGACGGCAAGUGUGUUUAUAUCGAACAAAACUUCUUAGUAAUAUCCCCGUGCUCAAAAGGGAUUAGUAAGUGGAGUUUUAAAGGGAAGCAACUCGUCUACAAAGAUAUCUUUGGUUCUAAAUGUGCUGUACAAGUUCCCAAGGUAGUGGAUUCAACAGAGAAGCAGGUCGCCAUGAUGAUUCCUUGUGACAGUUCUAACAGGGCAGCCGAAUGGGAAAUCACAAAUAAGUUGUACAAAGUAGAUAUUUGAAAUUAAUAUGUUUAUAAGGUUUCAAUUUACAUGCACGUUCGCUUAUUAGUUUCGUUGCUUUGGACUACAGAGUUUUAUCCAUAUAAGUAUGUGUAUACAUUUGUUACUCGACACCUAAGAUGAGAAAGAUUGUUUGGGAAGUGUCAGGGAGCGGUGUUUUUUUUUAAUAAAAUAUUGUUAUAUCGGUAUUCAAAAUACUGUUAUAUCGGAUAAGUAUUGGCUGAUGUGAUGUUAAUAUAAAAACUUUGAUUUUGGUAUUAACAUCUAUCGAGCGGCGACCGACAUUCCGUCAUAUCAAUCAUCUUCGUUGUCAUAGGUGUAUCACAUAAAUCAUAUUUUGCCAUCUCGUGUACUUUAAAUGUCUCUUCUCCAUUUAUUCAUUUUCAACAUUUACAAAAUAUAGACAGGAGCUGUAGUUAACGAAAUGUAUAUCUUUUCAAAUUUUUGUCAAUUUUUCAUAACUGCCUUAUUCAACAAAAUAAAGGUGAAUGUUAUGUCGCAUGUAAUGUUUUGUUUAGAAAUUUAUGAUAUUGGAUUUAUCCUAUCA